UGGAGGCUUGCAGAUUCUUUGCUGUUAACUUAGUCCUUAGUCCAAUAAUAGGUUAGUUGCGUUGUAUCUAGUUUUCGUUUCAGGUAGUAAUAUGUCAAUGCGUUUAUUCUACUACCUCCAUAGAAAAUGGAGGUAUUGUGUUGGGUGUGUCUAUGCGUUUGUAUUUGUGGAUGUUUGUAGUCAACAGAACUUAAUAAUCCCUGGAUGGAUAACAAUGCUAUUUGGGAUGGCAGUAGGGGUUGGGAAGACGAAGGUUUAGGAACUUUUGGGGUCUCCUGGUUUGUGGUAUUAACGAAACGUUUUGACUUUGUGUUGCUGGGCUACUUUUUUUAAAGUAAAAGAUCUCACCAUGAUCCAAUUGUGUCUUUUUAACAGGGCCUAAAAACUGUCAACAACGACAUGCUGCUACUACAGAAAAUCGUCUUCGUUACAAUUUUGGGGCUGUGUGUCUUCAGUCUUGGCGCAGCCGGAAGACGAGAAAAAGGGUGUUCGGAAAGAAAUAUGAAGAGCAAUUACCGCAAAUUCUCCAAAAUACAAGACAGAGUCAAUACCGCCUUGAGGAAAGUGACAACUACGUCCGAAAAGGUGGAGGAACACGUUUCACGUGAGGACAAGACCAACCCGGAUAGUUUGUUACUGAAAGUUGGAGAUCUACUUUUCGAAGACGGUCCGAGCUUCUCGGGACUGAGACUUAAAGGACUAAAGUUGCCAGACUUGGGUCUCGACGAUAUAGCGAAGUUUCAAAUCUACAUGGCGGAACUGGGGGUACUCAACCGUGAGCUGAACAGGCUGGAGGAUGACAUCAUUGAGAAUGUACGUCAUCUUGAGGAGGAGGACAAGUUGCUCGUACUGAAAGACGUGAUUGAAGAUCUUCCCAUCCUCAAGGAGCAUUUGAAGGAAAUUCACAAAGACGCAUCUGAAUUGGUGAGUGUAGCACAUUUCUAUCAUUACUUUAAACAUGAUUUCUUUGUAUUAAAUAUUAUUUUGAAAGUAAACUAGCUUAACAUAGUCAUUCAUAGGUCAAAUUGUAACAAAGGGAACUGUUCAUUUAAUUUAUAAAUUCGUUUGUCAUUUCUCUUUGUGUAGACGGAAAAAAUUAAGAGAUGUGUACCCAACGCACACGUGGACAUCCUGGUCGAACAGUACAUAACACAAGUCGAGUCUACCAGACAGACGGCUCCAAGUAGGACUCGGCGAGAUACACAAGAGGCCACGGCAAGCUCCUCGAUCUUGCUUGGGAAGAUCAGGCACCACGUCGAGCGCGAACGUCGGGACACAGCUGGAGCAGGGGAGAGCGCCCUCCAGCACAGCUGGUGGGUACUGCAGGACCUAGAGAAUCUCCUCCAACAUGACGUCAUCUCGACACUCAACAACAUGACGAACAAGAGUAGUGGGGAAGGAGGCAGGAGGAAACGCUCAAAGAAGGGGAAGAACAGUCAGUCAGACUAAACCAUCUGCCUCACUAUGUGCGGGCGGUUAAUGAAAUCGUAUUUGGGGGAGGUUGAAGACUAUGAUAUGUUGUAAGAGUUUGCUUCUCUAUAUUAGGGAGGGUAAACAUCUGACAUUUUCAACCUCACUCCUCGCUUAAUACACGCUAAGUGUUUGUUGUUGAACUUCUUUGAAGGUUCAUGUACAGGUUAUACCUGACAUUAAAGAUGUAAAACAGAUACACACCAGUCCUUAAAUGUUAGUUUUGCCAUUUAUCGAA